AUGACAGAAAGGGCUUUAUCUAUCUCGACGCAAAUUGCGACCCCGACCCAGUCAUCCUUUACCACUUCUUCUACUGCUGUCAUCUCUACCAACGAUGAUAAACCUGUGACCGAGUCUGCGGGUGACGAGCCUUACAUCAUCAGGUGUAUCUGCGGCAUCACUGAGGAUGAUGGAAACACGAUAUAUUGUGACAAUUGCGAUACAUGGCAGCACAUUGAGUGUUAUUAUCCUGGAAGCAUAGAUGAUGCUUCCAGAGAAGAUUUCGCUCACCUUUGUGACGAUUGCAAUCCACAACCACUCGACGGUCGGCAUGCGACCGACAGGCAAAAAUACCGUCAGAUCAAAUCCAUCAAUGAUAACAAUGACAAGAAAAACAAAAGAUCUACCACAAAGAGUCAUAAAAAGAAAUUGAAGCCUUCUGAAAUUCAAAUCAACGGUUCCAACGACCAAGAUAGUCACAAGAACGCCGGCCCGCUCGAUAGUCAUACACAUAAAAAGACGAAAGGCCAUCGGUCACAUCAUUCCGUCAACUCUCAAAUUGUCAAACGCAGCCCUCCCUAUUCUGCGAGAAACAAUAAUCACCCCCCAAGCCCUAUUCACACACCACCGGAUCUGCCAAAUGACUUUCAGAUUCAUUCAUACUCGAGUAAUUUCCUAUCGCUAUAUGAUGAUGAUCAAUUUCAAGAAACCGACACCAAUACACUGGCCAAUUUAUCUGUCACAAAUAAAUUAUCGACGUGGAUCACAGAUGCUAAACAGUUCGGAAUAGAUACUGGAGAGAAGUUCAAUGAUGUUGUUCGAAAACUCAUGAUGCGACUUAAUCCACACCAAUUUCCAAAGCUACACGUCGAUGUCAGGACUUCCCAAAUCAACAAUACCACCAAAGCCCAGUGGAAAAGUCUCGUCACAACAACGAAAACGCCGGCCAAUGAACCAAUUGGAGAGAUCAACGGUCAGAUUGGUCUUCAAUGUGAUUACCACCAGAAUCCGGAAAACAGAUGGGAAGAAUGUGUUCAUCCACGCCCACUCACUUUUUUCAUCCCCGGAUUACCAUUGUAUAUUGAUACAAGAGAUGGAGGAUCACAGUGCCGGUAUGUUCGACGAAGUUGCAAGGCGAAUGCAAACUUGGAGACAUACAUCGUUGCAAAUACAAGCGAGUAUCACUUCUACCUGACCUGCGACACCUCUAUCCCCCCGAACGAGCAGAUCACACUACCUUGGGAUUUCAAAUUCUUAGACAAGUCAAGAUUAGACCGUGCCCUUCAUCUUGAUGGCGACGACAACAGGGUACCUUUUGAUGGACCUAAAAUAUCCGAAGAUGAAUAUCAAAGCAUCACAAAUACGAUCAAUUUGGUCCUAUCGGACCAUGGAGGUUGUGCUUGUAAUGCCGGUAAAGAUUGCGCAUUUUUGAAGUUCCACCGUGAUUACUACGGCAGAGUGCAUACUCAACCUCAACCUCAAUCCAAUGGUACAAACGGCGUGAAAUCAAAGAAAGGCCGCAAGCCGAAGCAGCACGUCUCUCCCACGAGUACAGGUCAUGCUACCAAUAGUCGAGCUGUUAGUGAAGGCAAUCCAGAGACAAACGAUGAUGAUGAUUCUCGCUCCAUUUCCGGCUCCGUACGAAGCAAACCUCACAGUCGUGAUUUGACACCAAUGCAUGGUCUCGGAGAAACGAAUGGCAUCUUGACAGAACCGACAGAUCGUGAGAAACGAAAGCUGGCAGCGGUGGAAGACUCAUUUAGAAAAAUGGAACAGGGCCAGCCUCCACGAAAAAAGAAGAGAGCAUCGGAUGGCUCAAAUGUGAAUUUACCAGUCACUACUACGGCGUCGCAGACCAACUCAAAACCACGACAGAAGUCAGUAGUAUCACGAACUUCCGUUUCACGGUCGGCUCUGGCUAAUUCAAAUGGAUCCCGACCUCACGACUACGUCGAUGCCAGCACAUCACAGCGACCAUCGGGGUCGCCUCUUAGCGCUGCAUCGCCAAAGGUCAUGGCCUCUCCGAAACCCCUCAUACCAUCUCGCGAUAAUUCAGCAAGCGCUCGGUCACGUCAUAAUUCGAUCGUCUCGAAUUAUUCAGAAGCAUCAACACAAACAGAUCGAGAAGAAAAUGCAUGGUACGAACCGAAAGUAAAACCCACACUGAAGAAACCUAUCUUGUCUCUUGCACAGCGCUUGCUUAAGAAUCGUUACAAGGUUCAAGCGCAAGUCCAGACUUUAGAGGAACGCCAAUGCAAAAAUACUGCUGCGGGAUUGACGAAUGGUGAUUCUCAGAAUUCCUCCUCGCCUACAACAGCAAUGGAUGUUGACGGACCAAAUCAGGAAGAUCGAUCGAUUACUCAAUCACCUACUGAUACAAGGACUCGGAAUGUCAGUAUUGUUUCCUCGACUCCAUCCGUUGACGUGGUCUCAAAUCCUGGCGAUUAUUAUGCAGAUGGACCAACACUUGUCACUGGACAGACAAUGAAACCACCAUCUUGGCCCGGACACUCGGCCAAUGGCCAUUCACAUAAAUCACCUGAACUGCGGGUACAAUUGCCUCCGACACCAAAUUUUACAACGCCCAAUCUCUCUGGAACCCCAGGCACUCUCACACCCGCUUCAGCAGCUCCCUCAUCAGCAAUAUCGCCGUAUGGCACAACACAUUUCCCAUCCUAUCCUUCUACAUUGGCAAAUAGUGUCAACCCAAGUCCUGCCAAGAAGAAAAUGUCGUUCAAUGAUUAUAAGGCCCGGAAGAAGCAGAACGCGGACGGUUCUGGUGGACGUAAGGCUUCCGUAGGAAGCAGCCCCAUAAUGCCACCAGCAGUCCUCAAGCCAACACUUUCGACCAUUGAGGAAGCCAAAGCACGAGGAGCUCUCGACGGCGAAUCUGCAAUCAUUGAAGCGGAUGAGAAAGCGGAUCCCGCUCUCGUUGGACCCCUCAAAGUUCCACCACCGAAAAAUAAUAUGCCCUCUCAACAAUCGAAUGGCGCAUUGUAA